AAACCCUUCUGUGCUCCAUCCUCUGUUCCCCUCCCCAUGCUGAAGUGGGAAAACCACCCAGACAAAUUGCAGGACGUUCCCCAUCAGGUGGGAGAAGACCUUGGUGGAAUUAUCCUAUGGAUAAUGCAGGUGUGAUUUGGUAAGUAAGGAGUAGGUGUUUCACUGAAGAUUCCCUUUAUCCCUAGCUCCCAUCUGUGCAGCAACGUGUGGGGCAUGCUCAUGGAGCGCUGUGUACUCCUGCCCUCUGCCUGGGAGAGAGGAAAGAAAGAGUUGAUCCCAAACCACGUAUUGAAAUCCAGCUUUUGCAGGUUGUUUGGGCAUCGUGGGGCACAUCGAGCUGCUGACCCAGGGAUGGGUCCGGGUUUGGUCUUCAAUCUGCAGCUUAGAUCUUUACCAUUGAUUUGCCAUUAUCUUUCUUUCUAAGCAGCCUCUUUGAAAACCCAGCUGCACACCCAAAAUGAAGCCACCCAGACCAGUUAUAACCAGAGGAGGAUGGAAACAAUGGGCUCAAGGCCAGGAGCGGGGUUGCCAGGCACAGAACUCCCUCUAAUUAGAUAGAACAGUUAAAUGACAAAACCCAGGCAGGGGCUGGGGGGGGGCUGGAGCUGGAAUUGCUCUGAGAGCAGCAUCUUCAUGUGGCUUAAAGUGCAUGUGCAAGGUGAAAAUCUCCAUCCUUUGGCGGAUCACACAAGGACCUCCUAAUGCUGAGAGGGGCACAUCUCUGCUGGAGGCUGAGCAAGCACCAGAUCCUGUUGGAUCUGGGAAGUGGGUUCUUGCAAUGGGGAAUUAAUGGGGGGAGGUAAAUGCACUAGCAGGGUAACUCUGGGAGGUUGCUGCAGACCAAAAAGGAAAAGGAUUAUGUUACAACCCCCACACGAUCCACCCAACGACGAUCCAAACCACCUCUUUUCUAAGGUUAUUCCCUCACUUCCGUUUGAACUCUCGCACACUUGUGGAUGCAGUUAUUUUCCUAUGGAAAACAAAACCAACCCAAACCCUCCCACACAAGUGAGAUCAAGACUAUUAACUGGAGUCAGCCACUUGUCACAAGAGCUGCUUGAAGAGCAGAGAGCUGUGUUUACCAGCGCUGCGGUAACAAGCAGGAGAGCUUCACAGCAGUAAUUAAAGAGCAAGCAGAAGCCUUCUUGCUCCCUCUUGGAGAGCAGCGAGUGCGGCUCCAGCUGUGCCCGGCUCCCAGAUGUGCCCGUGGGUCUGAGCGUGGGCCUCCCGCCUGCAGACUCGUCCCACCAGAACAACCAGUUUCACUUUCAGGAAUAGGAAGUUCUCUGGGAAGUGCCGGCAAGCGCCCAGACACGCGCCAGGGACGCGGGACGGCGGCAUGAGCUGCCCGGCCGGCAGCAUGAGCCCGGGAUCGCCCUAUCCAACGGCAUCGGGAAGCACGGUGGCGUAGACCACCGCAUCCACCGCCUCCUCCAGGGAUGGAGCAGUUUGUCCGGAAGCGUUUGACCUUCCUGACAUCCUUCUGGAACAAGCUCCGUCCCCGCUCUGUGUCGGAGAGCUGCUCGCUGGGGUAUCUCGGUUCCGAUUCCGUUUCACUGCACUCGGAGCCGAAUUCCAUUCCCUUCAUCCCCAAGUCCUCUCUUUUCAUCGCUUUAUACGCUUUCACAGCCCGGAGUGAGGAGGAACUGAGUGUAAGCGCAGGGGACAAACUGCGUGUCCUCAGAGAAGAAGGAGAGUAUGUGUUUGCCCGGCGGCUGCUGGGGGAGCCGGCCAUGGGCUAUGUCCCUGCUGCCUACGUGGCCAACCUCAGCCAGGGCACCUCUGCUCAUCGACCCUGGUACUUCAGCAAGAUCAGCCGAAACGAAGCGGAGCAGCUCCUCCUUUCACCUCCCAACCAGCAUGGCUCCUUCCUUGUCCGGGACAGCGAGAGCAGCAAGGGCGAAUACUCUCUCUCAGUGCGCAACCACACGAAGGUCAGCCACUUCCGAAUCUGCAAGAGCCCGGGGGGCAGCCUCUACAUCCAGAAGGGACAUCCCUUCCCCGACAUGGAGGAGCUCCUCGCCUUCUACACGGAGCACUGGAAGGUCAUCCAGAGCCCCUUGCUGCAGCCCUGCAGCCCUGCGACCCCCCCCGAGAGGGAUGGCUGGGAGCGCCCACGCUGGGAGUUCACCCUGCGGAGGAAGCUGGGAGAGGGAUACUUUGGAGAGGUGUGGGAAGGGCUGUGGAGGAACACAGUGCCGGUGGCCAUCAAGAUCAUUAAAGCUGACAUGAAGGCAGAAGACUUCACUAAGGAGAUCCAGAACCUGAAGCGCCUGAGGCAUGAGAAGCUGAUCCAGCUGCACGCUGUGUGCUCGCUGGAUGAGCCUGUGUACAUCAUCACUGAGCUCAUGCGGAAAGGCAACCUCCACACCUACCUCAACAGUCCUGAAGGGAAGUCCCUGGGCACCUCUCACCUGCUCAACAUCGCCUGCCAAGUGGCGGAUGGGAUGAGGUACCUGGAGGAGAAGCACAUUGUCCACCGGGAUCUGGCGGCCAGAAACAUCCUGGUGGGAGAGGAGCUCACCUGCAAGAUUGCUGAUUUUGGACUUGCCCGGCUCCUCAAGGAUGACAUUUAUUCCACCAGCAGCAGCACUAAGAUCCCAGUGAAAUGGACAGCCCCAGAGGCAGCCAACUACCGCACCUACUCCCUCAAAUCCGAUGUCUGGUCCUAUGGGAUUCUGCUCUAUGAAGUCUUCACGUAUGGACAGAUUCCAUAUGAAGGGAUGACAAACCAAGAAACCGUACGGCAAAUCACCAGGGGGUACCGCCUGCCCCGGCCCAGCUCCUGCCCUCCCGAGAUCUACAGCAUCAUGCUGGAAUGCUGGAGCGGCAACACGGAGGAGCGUCCCACCUUCCUGGCCCUGCGGGAGAAGCUGGGCUUCAUCUACAGACGGCUGCUCAGCUCCCUCUCUUGAGGGACCCUUCCCCACCAUCCUUCCUGCACAAAGCUCCUCCAGGCCAGCUCUUGCCAAGAAGCUCCUUCCUUCUGGUUUGCCCUCAGACAGGGCUCCAAGGAAAGCAUGUUCCACCCCCAGAACUGUGGUCCCUCUCAGUCAGGAUGCAGGGAUGUGGCCAAGGGAAAAGGCAGUGAGAGGUGGAGAACCCAUUGCUAGUGCUUGGCUGUGUGGCAGCCUGGAAAAGCCCCAUGGUAGUGAAGGCAUCACCCAGAGUUUACAUGGUCAUACAGGCAGUAGGGUGGGAGGUCCCUGCUGCUCCCCAUGCCAACGUGAAGGUUUGCAGGUCGUGUUCAGUUGUGGCUCUGCUUCAUGUAGUGUGUCUGGUGUGUUCAUCAAUAAAUGUGUGUGCAUCAUCCGUUGCUGGAUGCUCUGCCCCC